AUGGAGUUACUAGAGCGGAUCUACGUAACUCUAGUCGAGUUUGAAGUAUUUAUGGUCAUGUGUUGCUGGGGCUAUAUUUUUAAAGUGUUUUUGCCAUUUGUGUGGAAGUCAAAGGUGUUUCAUGUCAACUACAAGAUCUUGCUUGUAAGUUAAAUAACUAUUUUUCACCCCACCCUGCUCAAGCCCUACCCAAUACCUACCCAAGUCUUAUCCACGCCUGCUUCAUGCGAUACCCACACCUUAUUUACGCACUACACACGCCUUACUCUACCUUACUUUACCCUACGUAACCCUUCGCUACCGUAAUCUUUAGUACCUUUCCCUACAGUAUGCCUCUUAAACCUUAAAUUUUUUAAUUUUUAAAGCUUGUAGUACAUUUUUUUCUCUGCCAUAAACAACCUUUUACAGACAGUACUAGGUAUGCAAUUCAACGUAGUAGCCAGUUUCCGGCUAGUCUACUUAUUUGUCUACCUAAAAGUGCACAAUGGUAUACUCGAGUACGAUGAGAGCAUUGACGUUGGUACUGGUUUUCCAAUGUUUUUAAAGAUCAUGCACGUUGGUGGACUAGACAUGGUAGUACUAACUAGUGUGGUGCUGGCUAUGGAACGAUUUGCUGCUACGUACUAUGCUGACAAGAACUAUAAUGCUCAGAAUGCCAAACUCGGCAUACUAUUAUUGAUUUUUGACUUUGUGGCUGGUAAUGCUCAUGGCGUGUUCUUGGCGCUGUAUCAGUACUAUUCGGACAUACCCAAGGAGUGCCGGAUUCGACCGCUGAUGGAGGCGGAUCAUAAUGAGUUUUGGUUUGGGUUCUUCAAGGGAUGGUCGGCUUGUAUUGGGGGAUGUGUAGUAAGUUGUUCUAGCUCAAGUUCUAGCUCUAGCUCUAGCUCAAGUUCUAGCUCUAGCUUUAACGCUAGCUCUAGGUCUAGCGCUAGUUCUAGCUCUAGCUCUAACUCUAGCUAGCUUUCGCUUUAGUCCUAGUCUACAGUAAUAUCUUGUAAUUUCAGACCUUUGGAGUAAUCUACGUAUGGGGCCAAAAACGUCGUCACAAUUACAACUUCUCGUUGGACGUAAAAUUCCAAAUCAGUAACAACAUGACGACAGUACGAACGCUGUACAUUGUCGUGUUUGGUUACUUUAUCUGCGUUACUUUGGGAAUGUUAUACUUCUUGGCGUGGACGCCAUACUUAAACACCCGGAAGUGCACUGAUCCAGAUUUUCAGAUUGUUGUUUGGGUAGGUUGCCUUGUCCUGGCUUUGCCCUGCCUUUGCUAUGCCUUUGCCCUGCCUUUGCCCUACCCUUGCCUUGUCUUUGCCCUGCCUUUGCUCUGCCUUUGCUUUGGCUUUGCAUUGUUUUUGCCCUGCCUUUACCCUGCCUUUGCCCUACCUUUGCCCUGCCUUUGCCCUGCCUUUGCCCUGCCUUUGCCCUGCCUUUGCCCUGCCUUUGCCCCGCCUUUGCCCUGCCUUUGCCCUGCCUUUGCCCUGCCUUUGCCCUGCCUUUGCCCUGCCUUUGCCCUGCCUUUGCCCUGCCUUUGCCCUGCCUUUGCCCUGCCUUUGCCCUGCCUUUGCCCUGCCUUUGCCCUGCCUUUGCCCUGCCUUUGCCCUGCCUUUGCCCUGCCUUUGCCCUGCCUUUGCCCUGCCUUUGCCCUGUUUUUGCUCUGCCUUUGCCUUGCUACUCUACUUUGCCCAAACAAUUACCGUAACCCCAUCUCUAUUUCAGACCGGUCACCUAUGGAUGGCCCUGUACUACUACUCCUACAUCUGGGGUAUUGUAUACUACAGUAACAAACCACCAAAGCCGUCGAAGAAGGUGAAGCCAAAGUACGAAGCCGAUUACUUCCAGACCAUGAACAGUGGCUGGGACAUGCCAACACAAGAGAAGAAAGGCUUUAGUAUUAAGGACCUGCCUGGUGAAAUCAAAAAGUUCUUGGCCGAAAUCAUGUAG